AUGUGUAAAGGACUAGCAUCGCUGCCUACCUGCUGCCUGGAAAGGGCCAAGGAGCUGAAAGCAAGGCUGGGAAGCCUUUUGCAAAAACCUGAUUGGAGUCUAUCCUGCUGCAAAAUCGGCAAAAAUAAGCCAACCCUGGAAGAAUGCCUUAGGUGGAAAGAAUCCUUUGAGAAACUCCUGUCCAGCAAAUAUGGACUGUGUGCCUUCACAUCCUUCCUGAUGUCUGAGUUCAGCGAGGAGAACGUUGCAUUCUACUUUGCCUGUGAAGAUUACAGGAAUACCAAGUCUGUUGCCAAAUUACCUGCGAAAGCCCAGAAGAUCUAUGAUGAAUUCAUCGGCAGUGAUGCUCCCCGGGAGAUCAACAUUGACCAUGAAACUCGAGACAUCACAAAAGCCAACAUGCUGGAACUGUCACCUUCUUGUUUUGACCAGGCCCAACACAAAAUCUACAUGCUCAUGGCCAAAGACUGCUACCCUCGAUUCCUGCGCUCUCCAGCUUACAGGGAUCUGGUCUGCCAAGCCAAACCGAGCAGCAAGGCAACCAAGCAGCCCCGGCAGGAGAAGAAGGCGUGA